AGCCCAAUAAAAACUCGAUUAGGAAAAGGAAAAAGGAAUCGCGAGUCAUCUCUCCAGAUUGACCCUACUGGUAACAUUACAUAAAAACUAAAACAGUAUUGAAAGGCAAAUAUAUAAAGACGUCUACUUCUUUGACACCUGAAAGCGACACAAGGAACUACACGGCGACAUUGUUAAAAAAGAAUAUCUCCAAUACCAAGCGACAGAAAGUUCUAUCAGGUCAGAACGUCGGGUGACCGUGACCAGAAUAAUUGUGAAGGAAAAUAAAUUCAGCAGACGUGACUCUUCUCAACAGCAGGAGAAGAACUGAACUAAUCUUUGUUUCCACAAAACAUCUUCUCGUGGGACGGAAGGACUUCUCGAACUUGAACCACUACUUACACCCGGAAGUGGAACCGCUGCGCUCGUCAUCUCCACGGCGUUCGGCCAUUUGCAGUUUUGAUCCACAUCAACUACCCGGUAGUGGAGGUUGUGUAGCAAAAACAGCUCUACAAAGUACCACGAACCAACAUGCCGGACGAGCCCAAGAAAAUCGCCAUGAAGGUUUCUGCGGCCGCCAAAAAUAUCCUGUGCAAAAGUAUCGUACUCGUAUUGUAAUCAUGCAUCACAAAUCUUUUUCUUAAAGGGAAAUCAGCAUUACAAAUUGUAUUUCUCAUGCUGAGGAAAUUUGUAAUGCAUUUAUACGAGUACGACUACGAUACUUCUGCAAUGCAUAAAAAAGGCCGCGCAACCCAAGGCCAAAGCGGCUGCGGGAGGGAAGUCAGCGGCUGCGGGUGCAGCUGGGAAGAAAGCGGCUAGUGCGGGGGAUGAACCUGAAGCUGAAGUUGGUCCGACGGUGGAAAAACAGCCGAAAGGCAAAGCAGCGGCCAUGAAAUCCAUGAAGAAGGACGAUGACGGAGGUGCUGUUGCUGCUGGUCCAGGCGAGGCCGCGCCGCAAGCGAAUAAAGCUGCUGCGAGUAUGAAGAAAUCCAUGAAGAAGGAGAACGAUGCUCUAUCCUGUGCAAAAGUAAUAUCGCACAAGUAUGAAUUGCAUUACAAAUUAGCCCAGCAUUACAAAUUGAAUUUGUAAUGCUGAUUUGCCUUGAGAAAGAAAUUUGUAAAACAUAAAUGCAAUUACUACGAGUGUGAUACUUUUGCAAUGCAUAUGCUCCUGCGGAGGACAAAAAAGGCAGCAAGUCCGUCAAUGCCAAAGUGAUGAAAUCGAUGAAGCAACAGCCCGCUGCGUCUUCCGCUUAUCAACUGUAAAAAUGUCUGGGUCUGGGAACUUGUGAUGCUGGGUAGCGUCUCAUGAUGAGGCUACAAAUGCUGGCUCAGCAUGACAAGUUUCUGAGCUCCUAGGUGUUGCCUAUUCUGCAUGACAAACUGCGCUUCUGCAUCACACAAAAACGGAGCUCUUGGGUAACGUGCAUGACAGAUUUAAGAGUCAUGCCAGACAAGCAUGACAAACAUGAAUUCUUCCAGAACCAAACAUUUUUACAGUUGAUACCGCUGCUGCUGGUGCCAAAAAGGGUGAGGAAGGUGGUCCUGUUGCUGAGGACGUGGGAUCUGGCGGCAACGGAGCCGGGGAGCAGGACCAGGCGAAGAAUGAUCCCGUCGGCCUGGCUAUCGCACGAAAAAAAGUUUUUACAGUUACACAUUUGUUGGAAUUUCUGCAUCACAAACUUGCUCGACAUGGCAAAGAAAAUCUGUGUUGCGUAGACUAUAAGGGAAAACACGCACGAAAUGACGCUGGCAAGCAUUUUCCUGCAUGACAGAGGGUGUCUGUCUUGCUUGUCUUCCAUCAGAGUGUGGAACUACUGUAACACUGUUUCCGUGCGAUACUGGCUGCUGGUGAAGGAGCAAAUGUGAAGAAAAUGAACCUCUCCAAGGAACUGGGCGGUGAGCCGCAAGUUGGGAAAAAUGUGGACAACCAGAAGAACAACGACCUUGCUGCUGCUCCCGCUGUGAAAGAGCCCGGAGUUGGUGCUGGUGCUGCUGCUGUUCCAACCGGAUUCCCCUCUGUUGCUGCUCCAGCUCCCGGUGCUGCGGCUAGCAGCUCCGCUGGUGCUAUGGAUUGCAAAUUUCGUCUGGGUCGUCCUGGGGAGCAAGCUGGCAACUUGUCAUGCGAAAUCUCGAUCACAAAAAAAAUAUGUGUUGCAUGAAGUACGCCAAAGAGUGUCCACUUCUUGGUAGGGAAAGAGUUGUGGGUUUCUCAAGUGGACGGAGAGGCAUGAGUUGUAAAGGUCUCGCAAAUAAAUCUGUGAUGCUUCUGUGAUGACAAACUUGUGCAUUCAUGAUCCAGAGGACAUCCCUGACGUGUUUGCAUUCGACAAGUACAUCCGGGGACAUGUUGUCCCAGAAGAAUUCUCUCGUCACUGCCAACCAGCAUCAACCUGCAGCUGCCAGUAGUACUACUAGUACUCCUGCAAAAAAUUCCGAAAUGUUGAUGAAGAAUUCCUUAUCUUGUGCAAAAGUACCGUACAACUCGUACGAAUUGCAAUUAGGCAUGACAAAUCUUGUUACCUUAAAGGUAAAACAGCAUGACAAAUUCCAGCUGCUCUCAUGCUGAGCUGCAAAUUUGGAAUGCAAUUCAUACUAGUACGACACUUUUGCAAUGCAUAUUCCUUGGCCGCUGCGAACCUGAAUUUCAACCAGCACGCGCACGACAUGGCCGACGCCAUGCGCCUAUCAAAUGUAAAAAUGUCUGGCUCUGGAAGAUACUGACACUUGUCAUGCGCGUUUUGCAUGAGCCAUGAUGUCUGUGAUGCAUACCCUAGCAAUACAGAUUAUUUGAGGGCUUCUUGAUGCGUAUUCUGCAUGACAGAUGCCCUCUCAGCGUAGCAAAAAUUGCAUUUCCAUUGGUACUCAUGCAAUACAGAUUUUUUUGGAAUCCAAAUGCAGCAUCACAAGUUGCAUUCUUCCAGACCCAGACAUUUUUACAGUUGAUAGCGCCAGGGGGGCUGCGACAGGGCAACCGCGCUCGGCGCUUUGCUCGACGCGGGAUUUGACGCCGUGACCGCUGCCAUCACGACGACAUGCUUCACUUGGUCGGACGAAAACAAGGAGAAAAAAGCAGACCCCGUCGCCGUCGGUGUUGUGGGUGGAACAAAUAUGGCUGCAGUGAUAAAUCAUUCGGAGAAAAAACCGCCGGAGGAAAAAAUAGAGCAGCAUGUGGUGGAUUCGUUCCUCGCCCAGAUGAACAAGGUGAGCGAAAACAAGCAUAUGCAUUGCAAAUAUGUCUGGGUCCUCUGGAGGGUUGCAACUUGUGAUGCUGUCUUUAGAUUCUAAAAAAAUCUGUAUUGCGUGACCAAGAAGAGGGGUGGUCCAUUUUGUGCUACGCGGAGAGGGCAUUUCUCAUGCGGCAUAGGCAUCAGAAAUGCCCUCUAAAAAUAUGUGAUGCUAGGGCAUGCAUUACAGGGAGUGUGGGUGAUGCAAAAUAUGCAUGACAAACCUGGCAAGCUUCCAGACCGAGACAUAUUUGCACCUGAUAAAGCAGCCGCAGAUGCAACUCGACCCACAAAUUCUGGAAAAGGAGCAAAGCGCGCUGCUUCCGCCGCCGGUGGCCGAGAACAACCAGAACUCGCUGCUGCAGCCGCAGGGGUAUCCUGUGCAAACGUAUCGUAUUUGUAGUAAUCCAUAAUCGCAUUUAUGCAUUGCAAAUCUCCAUCCCAAGGUAAAACAGCAUGACAAAUUCCAUUUGUCUUGCUGGCCGAAUUUGUAAUGCGAUUUCUACUACUACGAUGCUUUUGCAAAGCAUAAGGGCCUGCUGGGAAAGAAGAACGACAUGCCGUUCCAGCAGAUUGAUGCGCAAGAAUCCGCCGCGAAAAUGAAAAAUGCACUGCUGGAUAAUCGUCUCCCGGAGGAGCAGCCGCAGUUGGGCGCAAAGGUCGAUCAUGUCGGCAAGCAAAACAUGAUGCUCGGAAAGGAGCAGGUGGUUGUUCCCAUGCAGUUGCUGCCAGACGAGGAGAAGAACAAAGAAAUGAAGAAGAUGGACGAAGACGUCGAGAUGCAAGAUGCGUUUGCUCAGGUCGUGCAGGAGCCGCUCGCCGUCCAGGCAGCCCCGGUUGGUGCAGUGAUGAAGAAGUCCGGAAUGAAGAAAGAAAAAAUCGCCCCACCCGCCAUGAAGAAGCAGAACCAGAAAGCCGCGGCACCGAAGGCUGCUCCUGCUGCGGAGGGUAACAAUAAGAACGCCGUGAAGAAGCCGAACAACAAAAAUAAGGGCGUCAAAGGCGGGAAAAAGAACGACCUCGACCUGGACUUGGACAUCUUUGAUGGCGAGGAGGACGAGGUAUCACAUAGAAAAAAGCAGGCGAAGUAUAUCCAUUUGUAAAUGCAAAAAACGUUUAGCAGAAAAAUCCGUCAUGGGCGAAGAUCUUCCCAUAGCAUGCUGUUUAGAAGAGGUUUCCUUACGCAAUACAGAUUUUUCUGUGUGUUCAUUUUUGCAUGGCAAAUAGGCCGUGCCUGGCUUUUUCUGUGGGAUACGAGGAAGACAUGGACUUGGAGGAGUUGCAGGAUGGGGAGGAGUAUCAACUGCAGAAAUGUCUGGGUCUGGAAGAAUGCCAGACUUGUCAUGCUGGUUUUGCAUGACCCAUGCGGCCUGGCGUGUAGGACAUAGCAUGACAGACUCUGUGAGAGUGCUAUCAUGCCUAUCCUGCAUGAAUAACCGCCUCUCGAUUAGGUCAAAAGUGGACAGCUUUUGGCAAUCAUGCAACACAGAUUUUUACAAAAUCAGAUUUAGCAUUACAAGUUGCUUUCUUCCAGACCCAGACACUUUUGCAUUUGAUAAGGAGGACGAGAACGGGGAGAAGCAGAAGGGCGGAAAAAAUGCCAUGAAAAAGGUCAUGAAAGGGAAGAAAAAAGCCAUGCAGAAGGAAGAUGAGCAAGGUGCUGCGCAGAAGCAAGUCAUGAAGGCAGGGGCGAAAAAACAGUCCACGGUGGCAGGGGGAGAAAUGAGCUACCGCCUGCGGGUCAGCCGCGUGUUCCACGGCCGUUUUGGAAAGACAGUCACUUCGGGUGGAAUGCAGAAGAAAGACUUGAAGCGAAACAAGCGUGGGAAGAUUUAUGCUGUGCAAAAGUAUCGUGCUCGUAUAAAUGCAUUACAAAUUUUCCCAAUAUGAGAAAUAAAAUUUGUCAUGCGGAAUAACCUUACGAAAAAAAUUUGUAAUGCAUGAAUGCAAUUACUACGAGUACGAUACUUUUGCACAGGAUAAGAUUGUCUCAAAGGCAAAAUCCGCCGCCGCGAAAAAGAGAACUCCUAUGAACUGCAAAAGUAUCGUACUAGUACAAGAAUUGCAUUACAAGUUUGCUCAGCAUUACAAAUUGAACUUGUAAUGCGGAUUUGCCUUAGGAACCAGAUUUGUAAUGCAUAAAUGCAAUUGGUACGAGUGCGAUACUUUUGCAAUUCAUAACUCCCCUCCUGUGGCCAGUGUGCGUCGCGGAAGCGCGAAAGGAGCUCGGUAUGGCGUUCUCAACUGUUACAUUCUCAACUGUUGCAUAAAUUUGUAAUGCUAAAACAGCAAAAGCGAAAGCGGAGAGAUCAUUGCGUGUUUGCAAUACAAAUCUGGAGCGGAUUGUUAUGCUGUUUAGCCCUUCGAGACUUUGUGAUGCGAGAACACCUUGACCGCGUGGCUGCUUGUGGCAGUUUUGCAUGAUAAAUCAUGUAACGGCUGAGAAUGUAACGUUUGAGAACCCCAUACUCGGGACCAAGGGCUUUGGGAAAAUGAAGAACCCGGCUAAGGGAGGGGGUACCCCAGCGGAGUACGAGCUGUAUCGCACGGUGAAGCGCAUUUACGAAGUAUUGUGAGGAAAAAUCCCCCCUGCCCAUGACAAAAAGGGAGACUUCUGAAAAUUUGUGAUGCCGAUUUGUGACCACAAAUCGGUUCUGUGUUGCAAGAAGGCCAAUCCAGAGACUCCGCCGCAUUAUCCAGGCGGUUUGUGAUGCUAUGGGGUCUACAGAGUACACAUUUGCCGUGCUACGCGCCUACGUCAAGACCCUUCGCCUUGGGCUGGGUAUGGGCCUGCAGUCCUCUACUGCAACACAGACCUGAUUUGUGUACGCAAAUCCAGCAUCAGAAACUUCCGUGUGAUAUGUGGAGGGGGGAUUUUUCAUUUUAAUACGAAGAGAAGAAAAAAGUGGCUGGCGAAACGAAAAAGAAAAUGGAGGCGGACGUGGCGGCAGCCUUGGCCGACGGAAAAAAUGUAUGAACUGCAAAAGAAAUAGUAUCGUACUAGCAUAAAUCGCAUGACAAAUUAGCCCUGCAUGACAAGUGGAAUUUGUCAUGCUGAUUUGGCUUGGAAACGAUAUUUGUAAUGCAUAACUGUGAUUUUUGCGAUUAGUACGAGUACGAUACCUUUGCACAGCAUAAAAUCCCGCCGCGGGCAAGAACAUCUUUGGUUUAUCGUCGGUGGUGAACAAUGGCGCGGGCGUCGGAGGAGCUCCGGUAGUUGCUGCUGUCCUGGGCGUAUGAAAUGCAAAAAUGUCUGGGUCUGGAAACUUGUGAUGCUACAAUGUGCAUGAUGAAAACACUUCCGAAUGCAGUCCGGCAUGACAACUUUCCAAAACGCUUUCUCAUAGGCAAUCCGCAUGAGAAAGUGCGUUUUUGCAUGACAAAACAGGCUGCGACUUUUGUUGGUUAUGCAAUAGAGAUUUUUUAGGUAUGGAAAGCUAGCAUUACAAGUUCCAUUUCCCAGACCCAGACACUUUUACAAUCCAUAGGGCGGUGGAGGACCCGCGCCGCACAACAUGCCGGAUCCGUUCGCGCCGUCCGCGGUGCAAAAUAAUAUCAAAUGCAAAAAUGUCUGGGUCUGGAAGGUCGGAACUUGUGAUGCUAACUUUGGAUGCUAAAAAAAUCUGUAUUGCAUGACCAGCAAGAGGAGCCCAGUUUGUGCUACGGGGGGAGGGCAUUUGUCAUGCGGGAUAGGCAGCAGGAAGGCCUCUAAAAAUAUGUGAUGCUAGCUCAUGCAUUACAGACAUCCUGACUCAUGCAAAAUAUGCAUGACAAACCUGGUAAUCUUCCAGACCCAGACAUUUUUACAGUUGAUAAAUAACCAGAUGGAAGCACCAUUGUUGCAGCACCCAGAGGGCGGGCUGCGUGUUGCUCCUGGCGCGGGUGUAGGUGCGGUGGCUGCUGUCGUGGGGGGUAGUAACGACCAGAUGGUGAACAAUGUCCGGCAGAUAUCCUGUGCAAAAGUAUCGUACUCGUAGUAAUUGCGUUUAUGCAUGACAAAUCUCUUUCUCAAGGGAAAUCAGCAUUACAAAUUCAAUUUGUAAUGCUGGGCUAACUUGUAAUGCAAUUGAUACUAGUACGAUGCUUUUGCAUUGCAUGGCAGAAUAUGAAUAACAAUGUGGGCGGUGGUGGUGCUCCCGGAGCAGCAUCUUCUUCUUCUUCCUCUCACCAAGUCGUGCCGCAGUUUUUGGGUCUUCAGCAGCCGCAGCAGUUUGGGGCUACUUCCAGCAACGCAGCGUCUGCAGCUUUACCAGGACAAGGACAGGAGAACAACGGCGACAUCAUCUUCAUGUCCGGUGAGAAGGUCAUGGACGCUUAUCCAGGGAAAAACACACAUCUCCACCCCCAUCCAAUCUGUCAAGCAAAACAUGCAUAAGCUCCAGUGUUUGUCAUGCAAAAAAUGGAUGGAGAUUGAUGUUUUUUCGUGGAUAUUAGCGCUGAGGGAGAUGCGAUCUUGGAGCAGGAGCCGGCGCAGGCGGGAGAGCAGAAAGGCGAUAUUCCAGAGCAGGAUACGCAUUGCAAAAGCAUCGCACUAUGUUGAAAUUGCAUGCCAACAAAUUACUCAUCUAUCGCGAACAAGAACAAAUGUGAUAUCUGUAUUGCUGAUUCAGGUAUUAAGAAACUAGAUUUGUCAUGCAUAGCUGCAAGAACUUAAAAACCUUAGACGAGUACGGUAUUUGUUUUGCAACAGUCUUCGUCCUCGUAUAAAUGCAUUACAAGUUUCCACCUCAGCAUGAUAACUAAAACCUGUAUAUGCGGAUUUACCCAAAAGAAAAAGAUUUGUAAUGCAUGACAGCAAGAAUUAUUACGAGUACGAUACUUUUGCACAGGAUAAAGUUCGAGGACCCGAACAAGUCUCCUAUCCUGAGCAAAAACGUUCCUAUCCCAGAGUUGUCAUGCAAAUGCGCAAUGACAAAAACAUUUGCAAUGCGGAUCUCCAUGAAAGGCAUUUCAAAUCGCGUUUUGGCAUUUGUAAUGCUGUAAACAGGAUCAGAAAAUGGCUUUCUCAUGCGGCUGCCCUUGCUAACCAGCAUCACACUUCUGCAGGUGGAAAUUUGUCAUGCACAUCUCUCAAGACUAGGAGAUUUGUGUUGCAGAUUUCCCAACUUGUUGACUAUGGGGUGUGGGCCCCGUUUUUGCUCAGGAUAUCUCUCUUCAAGAAUCCGUUAAAAGAGAUGGAUAUUAAAGGCGAUCGAGACUGGGACGCUUUAUCAACUGUAAAAGUGUCUGGGUCUGGAAGAAUUCGAAUUUGUGAUGCGAAGUCUACAUCAUGAGAAAAUCUGUGAUGCGUGGCUAGCAAAAGGCCCCACUUCUUGUUUCCGAGAGCCGGGAUUUGUCAUGCGGAUUAGGCAUUGGGAUAUCUGCUCAAAAUCUGUGAUGCUAGAGCUUGCAUUCCAGACGAUUUGGGUCAUACAAAAUCUGCAUGACAGAUCUCGCAUUCUUCCAGACCCAGACAAUUUUGCAUUUGAUACGCUUUGUCGGAACCCGAAAGCCCGGAUCCGUAUGGGCUGAAAAAACAAAAAGCAGAUGCGGCGCAGGAAUGA